AUGGCCCUAACCUAUGCCAGCUUAGUACUCUGCAUUGUCCUAAUGGUAUUCUAUUCGCGCCUACCCGUUGGUGGCAACGAGCUUUCCGAAGCCCUGAUCUUUACUGGUUUCCUGGAAAUUGGCGUCCUCUACCUCGUCAGUGUCAAGGCCCUUUCUGUCGAGGUUUAUCGCUAUCUGUCCAUCACCCUCAUAACCACCAUCGGCGUCUGCAUCCUGGCGACCUUCUGCAGCAUGACAGUUGAAGUUUCACUGCAACACACCCUGAUCCUCCUGCUGGCUUUUGUGAGUCACACUAACCUCCAGAUCCCCACAUCCUUCCUCUUCUGUUUCCAGAUUUUUGUUGGUGUUGGUUUGUCUGCGGUAGACUCCUAUCAGGAAGAAAUACCUAAGCAUCCUUGGGAUACCUCUGAUGGCCACAAGUCGGGCUCGGGCAAUCCUGCCGUGGAAUCGCUUAUUAUUCUGCUCCAGGUCGUUUCUACCACGGGUCUGUCGAUCUACGUCAGUGGCUACAACGAGCUGCGCUUCAAGGCGGCCUUUCUGCGACUCUGCCAGGGUGUUGAGGCCCGAGCUCGAAAGAAAGAGGCUAUGCGGCAGCAACUGGAGUGGUUCGAUGUGGUGAUGCCACCGGAGAUUCAUACUAAGUAUCUGGAGAUGUUGCUGAAGAAUAGGGGUCGAGAAAGGUCUACAUGGCUCUUCUGCGAGUCCUAUCAACCUGUCUCCAUUCUAAUAGCCGAUGCCGUUGGUAUGUCCCGCCUGGUGGAGCAAUACACGGCCUAUCGCGUCAUGACCAUAUUGAACACCAUGUUUACCGAGUUUGACACCCUCUGUUCCAACUGCAAGUGUGAAAAAAUAUCAACUCUGGGAGAUACCUAUUACUGCGUCUCUGGUUGCCCGGAGCCCAACGCUGAUCAUGCUAUCUCCUGUGUAGAGUUGGCUCUGGCCAUGAUGCGGUCCAUAAAGUCCGUCAAUGCGAAAUUCAGGAUGAGCCUAUCACUAGCUGUUGGAAUCCACACGGGCCAUGUGAACGCGGCAGUACUCGGAGAAGAACGAUUUCGCUUUGAUAUCUACUCCUACGAUGUGAACACUACCCAGCACCUCCAGAGUUCGUGCCCGCCAGGAAAAAUUCACAUCUCCAGUGCUCUGCGAGAUUUACUUCCCUCAAAUUACAUCACCACUCCGGCACAGACGAUCGAGGCUAAGCGCGAGGAGGUGUCCGCCAUCGCAGGCAUGAAACUGAGCACUGUGAAAAUACCCACAUUCUACCUUGAGCUUACGUCACGGAACCUUCUGGACGACAAAAGGCUAAAACGCAAAAUCAAAUCAGCCUUCAGCGUCAAGUUGGAGUCACUGAAGAAGAGCUCUAGCGAAGACAUAUCUGAAAUCAGUGGGGUGAGCAAGGAGGCCUUAAGCGAGACAACUGGGUGCCGGCGCGAAAGCUCGCACAUUCGUCAUUUGAGCAGCCGGCCGCGACCAGUAAACCACUGGACUGUGAGAAAUCCAUGGAACAAACCCCCGGGUGAGGACCGUGAACCCUCCGUUCGCAAGUCCUUCUUCGGCCAGCCUGUGGCACAGAAGGAUUUCUCGAAGUCUCUCAGGGAUUUUCGCGCUUUAAACGCGAAGGAUCUUGAGCUGAUUCAACAGUUGCGUUCUGAUCCAGACCAGCAAGCACAGCUCUUUCGAGCCCACCCCCUCGACGCCCUGGGGCUGCAGUUCUUGGAUCCGACCAUGGAGGAACAGUACUGGCUGGAGGAGUACGACAGAACCAAGCCCAUUUAUAUUGACUCUUUGAAAGUGGCACCGGCCUUCGACAUGGUGGUUCUUUUCUUCUACUUGACCGCUUUCGCGGUCUGCUUUCUCAUCGCCACGGCCUUUGACAACACUUCGGGCGGAGUGCUCUCCAUCCUUGCAAUGGCCAUAAACUUCCUCGGCAUACUGCCCGCCACCUUCUGGAUCGUCUUUUCCGUACUCGUCAAGGAUGCCAGUUUUACAGGCGGGUGGCUAAAAAGAAAGCUGAUAAUGUGGGGAAGGCGACGCAAACUCUUCGAAAUUAUGUUAUUUUUUAUUGCCCAGAUACCGACCAUUUUCACGACCAUCUACUACAUAUGUAUUCGUACAGGACGCUUCUCAGUGAGGCACGAACACUUUAUCCUUUGUUUCGGCACCUACUCCAUCUUCAUUCACUGUCUGCCAAUGAAUUCACGUUUUUGGAUUCGCGUCCUAGCAAGCAGCAUUUCCACACUGACCAUAGAGACUCUGCUCUUUGUCUAUGCCAAGGACUCUUCCAACGAGAUUGACCGCACUGAGUUCGGCUGGUUCUACGAGUCCUCACGCUUCCAGCCACAAACUCUGGGCCCGGCAGUGGUUCUGUUUGCGGCCUGGGUCCUGGUAAUUGGUGUGAGUCGUAGGAAUGAGUCAUCUUGCAGACUCGCCUUCUGCAUGAAUGUGGAAGCAGAAAAGGCUUAUAGGAAUGCCCUGACGGCCAUCAACGACUGCGAUGACCUCUUACAUAACUUCGUCCCAGAGUAUGUCUUCAACAUACUUCAGGCCCAGGGACGGACAAAACUAGAGUCCGAUGUUGUCAACCAUGCUGUACUCGUACAGCUCGCUGGCAUUGCCUUUAUUCGGAUCACAAACUUUUUUGACGGCUACUACCGCGAGGACUAUCAGGGUGGUAAACAGGCGUUGGGACUGCUGAACAAAAUCCUCUGUAUGCUGGACCGCCACCUGCGACAACCGCAGUUUAAGGAUGUGGAGAAAUUGAAGAGUUUCAACGACACCUACAUGGUUGCUGCUGGUAUCAACAUGGAGGUGAGGUUGCAAAACAUGGGUGCAGUGGACCACUUGGUCACCCUCGUUAACUUCUGCCACAGCCUUUUCCCGCUGAUGGAUCGGUUCAAUGCAGACUACAUUGUCGGUUCGGAGAAGUUUACCAUUGCCAUAGGACUGGACGUGGGCAGCGUGACAGCCGGUCUGCUUGGAACUCUGAAACCAAGCUAUGAUGUCUGGGGUCAUCCUUCUAGUCAAGCCUACAAGUUACACAGGGCAGCAAAAGCAAAUCAGGUCCUCGUGAAGGGUAAUGUGAAACAGCUGUUAGAAAGCUCUUUCGAUUUCGAACCAGUCAGUGCGAAGGGCACCAGCUGGGAGAAGACUUCAAAGUUGUUUUCCUGCAAACUUCGCCCUGCGACAGAAUGA